AUGUCUGCUGGCAGCUGCGUCCCACUGACUUUGGCCUCGAUCCAUGACAGCACAGCCGCGUCGGAAGAGCGCACAACCAAGGCCUACACAUCUGCUUGGUGCUGCUUCUAUUGGGCCAAGUGGGCAACUUACUCCCUGAUGGUCGGCGAUGCGGUGGUCACGGCCGGCUAUUUCUUGAAAGCGGAGAUGUAUGUAGCGAUGCUCUUUUCCGUGCUUGGCCUUGCAACAACAUACGCCAUAUUGCACGCACAGGAGACGCCCGGCUUAGAAAUCGCUACGGCCGCUGUGCUGGAGCAGUACCUUUCAGAGCGCUUGCGCGUUCAGCAAGGAUACCUCGGCCAGCGAAGCUUUGCAAGUACUUGA